AUGAAGCGUUGUUACAGCCUCUUAGAUGCCAGUUCAAAACGUAAUAGAGCGUCAGAUCGAGUUAAAAACGUGCCUACACUGGAAUCUUCCAUCUCGCCCAUAAAAUCGAGAAAUAAAAAUAUAACUAUAAAUGCAGUCACCCUUUUUACAAAUAUUAUAUAUUUAUCCCUUUUAUUGUACACAUUCCAAGGAUCUCUUGAUUAUAGAGACGUUAAUAAAUUCUCUACAAAAUGUACAAAAGGAUUUAAUGGUAAAGCGACAGGUACCACAUUUAAGAGAAACCUGGCGGAAGAAUACUCUGACAAUGUACCUGAAGUGCCAGAGGAAAAUGUAUUAGAACCAGAAGUUGCAACCACGCCGACCUCUGAUUUUUAUACCUACGAGCACCCCGAUGAAGAAGAUGAACUUGAUGACAUUGAAAAUCUAGAUGAAGUUAUUGUAAGUUGCGAAAAAGAAUUUAAUGAUAUUCUUAUAGACAUUACAAAUCGAUUUGUAGAAUUUACGGAGGAUAUGAAUCAUUACUGGUGUGAUCAUAUGUGGAAAAGUGUAUGGUGUAAAUACGUAAAUAUUGUGCACACUGAUUUGAUGAAAGACCUUAAUGACCCAACCCUUUCCUUACAUGAAAAAAAGGAAAUUUUCAAAAGUUUGAUGGAAUGGUGUGAGGAGGAUUUUAAGAACUUCUUGAAACUGAUUAAGAAAGAAUGGGAUUUGCGGGAUGACCCAGAGCAUUACUUAGAAAGAUAA